AUGGAAGGUUCAAGGACUGCCACCUCUGCUGCUGCUGCAGAAGGCUCUUCACUGCAGCAGCAGACCACAGCAGAUCCUUUCGCUACGCCUGGUCCUGACAAUACUGAGAACCCUUUUGCGACACCUGUUGCAGCGACGCCUGCUGCUGAGUCUGUGACAUCGCGACAAUUGGGAUAUACUCGCAAUACUUCUUCAUUUGAGGCAUCUAGUGGUGUCCGUCGACGCUUCAGAAGCAGUCGUCUCCAAGGCGAAUUUGAGAAGCCAUGGCUAGAGGCUAAGAAGAAGCAAUGGAAUUGGGACAGCACCAUCUUCUACACAUGUGUCUUCCUUGGUCUUGGUGUUGGAGGAUUCCUUUGCUGGAAGGAGACCAAUGUCCCCAAGCAUGAUUACUGCUUGGUCAUGGACGACCAUUUCCAGAACCUUAACAACUGGAACCAUGAAGUUCAGAUGAACGGCUUCGGUACUGGUGCCUUUGACUGGACUACCGAUGAUCCAGCCAACUCAUAUGUUGACGCUGAGGGCCUUCACAUCGUCCCUACAGCGACUCUUGAGAGCACAUCCAUCACCAGAGCUCAGCUCGAGAAUGGUUUCACCGUCAACAUGACUACCAACAGCAAAACUUGGGGAACAUGUACCUCCAAGACCAUCAAGAAGAACAACGACCGCUGGCCCUGCGCAUCACGCAGUAAUGCCACUCUCGGUCAAAUCAUCAACCCCGUGCGAUCCGCACGCCUAAACACAAAAGGUAAAAAGACCAUCCGUUACGGGCGCGUCGAGGUCGUGGCGCGUAUGCCUAAAGGUGACUGGCUCUGGCCUGCCAUCUGGAUGAUGCCUCAAGAUGACGUCUACGGUGAAUGGCCCAAGUCGGGUGAGAUUGAUAUUGCUGAGAGCCGUGGCAAUGAUGCAAAGACGUAUCCUAUGGGUAACAACCUUGUGUCUUCGGCGCUUCACUGGGGAACUGCUACAGAGAAUGAUCGCUGGAGGAGAGCUUAUGGCGAGUGGGGAGGAAAGCGAGUCCUUUACUCUGAGAAGUUUCACACCUAUGGUCUUGAAUGGAGUGAGAAGUAUCUCUUCACCUGGCUCGACGGCCGUCUCCGACAAGUUCAAUUCUUCGACUUCACCAAGAACAAGAACCUUUGGACGUACGGUGAAUUCGCCGGCGAGUCCAUCAAUGGUUCAAUCCCCGUGGACCCGUGGAGCAGCACCGGUCGCAAAAACACACCGUUUGACGAGAAAUUCUUUCUCAUCCUCAACGUUGCAGUGGGCAGUACCAACGGAUGGUUCCCUGAUGCGGUCGGCGAUAAACCCUGGGCUGAUAGCAGCGAGACCCCUAUGCGUGAUUUCUGGAAGGCCAACGAUACUUGGCUUCCCACGUGGGGUCCUGUCAAGGACCGUGGUAUGGUUGUUAAAUCUGUCAAGAUGUGGCAGGAGGGUGCAUGUGGAACUGUCAAAUCGACCUGA